AUGGUGACCCAACAGUGCGCCGGCACGACCGCGAAGAAGGACCGAUGCAAGCGACGUGUUGCGAAUGGCGUGUACUGCGCGGCCCACCGAGCGCAGCACUCGGCUGCGCCGGUGCAGUCCGACGGCUUCAUCUACAUGUACACCUACGAGCGCCUCUACGACGCGCUGAUGGGUAAGGGCGGUGCGGCCUCCCUGGACUGGCUCAAGGCGGAUCGCAGUGUGUUGGAGAAAAAACCAGUGGCCCUGCAACGCUGGCAGCUGGACGGGGACAUUCUUGUCAAGAUUGGCAUGACUAACAACCCGGUUGCAGCGCGGCUGGUACAGUGGCGCCAGCGCUGUACCCACCCGCUGGUCGCCUUGACGCCUGCGCGCGUGCGCGAACUGCAGCGCGUGCACGCGCGGAGAAAGCGCGGCGUGCUGGAGCGGCUCCAGGAGCGGAUGCGUGACCUCUCGCUGCACCGGCCGCACGGGGCGGACGCGCAAGAGCCGCCGCUGCUGACGUUUGCGCACGACGGCUUCCGGUGCCGGGGCGACGCGCUAGCCGCGGUGGAGCAGAGCAUCCACCAGGCGCUGUGGCGCCGCUAUGAGCGCGCCUACGUGCUGUGCAGUGGCUGCACCCGGAGCGCGGCGCCCACGCGGCACCGCGAGUGGUUUAAGGUGCCCGUGCGCGACCUGGGCUACGUGCUCUACACGAUCGACGAUCUCUGCCUCGGCGGCCGGGCCGCCAACCGCCCCGACGCUGACACUACAAAAAACAGCACGCGGCGAGCGCCCCUCGCACCUGCCAGGCCCAGCACGCAGAGCCCAUGA